AUGAAUUACGGAAGGGUACAAGAGAAGGAACCAAGGUCCCCAUGGCUGGCCAUCAAAUUUGGAUGCUGUGCAUCGAAAGAGGACCUUGCGAACGAUGGAAGCGACCCGCUGAGAGCUACUGGCGAAACUGAUAUGCGGAUAUGCUAUGAACAACCGCGACCCGUACCACAGCCUUGCGUUGAGCCGAUACAACAGCGUCCAUCAACGAGCCAGUCGAUGAGCCGUCACGUCUCGCAAUGGGUUUCCAACAGUCGCGAAUACGCAGCACGUGCCUCAUCUCGUGCGAGCAUUUCGACCCUUGCGCGGCCAAGGCGUUCACACUCUCGACCCAGCAUUAGUCGUCCAACUGACUUCCGCCACUUCGAUGGUCUUGAUGAUAUACCCUCGAUGCUCAAUGACGCUUCCAUGCCCAUCCGCCGCCGUCGUAGCUUUCGCCCCCUUGAGCUGUCUAUCUAUCUUCCCAACGGCUGUGGUCAUCUAUCUCCAUUGCCUGAUUUCGACGGUCAAGAUGAAUGGGAUAGUCUACAAUCGCAGCUAGAGCGUCCUGCUGAGGCACACGUUCGGGUGAGAGACUCACGUACGAGCUCUAUAUCUUCAGAACCUUCCUUCAUCAUUCAACGUAAACCAGUUGGUGGGCAAUCUCGACGGGGCAGUGUUCAAAGUCAGAAGAGUACCACCACGCACGAGAGGAGACUCUCAGGAACCACCAUGGGUACUAUGGCUACGCCUACACUGGCAUACCUUCCAGAGCAUUCACAGAUUGCUGGUGAUCAGAUACUUGAGAAGCCUACCAUUCAGCGUUCGCGCACAUCUGGUACCUUGUCACCUGCUCGUGUACUUUCACGUCUACCAUCGCCAUCGCGCAAUCGUGCCAGUACUGCACCGUCCUCUCGACCAGGCAGUCUCCGUCGUACAAAGACCGAUGUAGAUGAUGCUAUUCGCGAAUUAAACACCAUCAUUGAGGAACGCCGUGCAAGCGCGUAUCGCACGAACGCUCAAUCACCCGCGCUUGUCAACCGUCCUCCACCCUCUCCGUCUCACCACGUACCCUACAUUGCGCCAUCCAUGCGCAUGCAUGUCCGUUCUGAAACCCUUUCGGAUAUCGGCUCUGCGUUCUCUGCCCCUCUGAGCUUCAAGCCGCUUCCCACCACCCCAGAGGCAGACAUCCCAGCCCGCCGGGCAACAAUGGGACUCAGGCUCGCACCACCUUCCUUCUCCCACACCGGUCCCUUGAACUCGAAUCCCAUUACACCACCACCACCCGCCACACCCACUACACCAAUCGCCCGGCUAGGAGCCUGGAUCAAGCGCUCGACCUCCACUCUGGCAUCCGGCUCGCGUCCUACAACCCCGAAGACUGCCGACUCCUUCUACAAGUGCGAACCGCAUCCCGCCCUUCCCACCUCACCUUCGCGUCCUUCGACUGCAGGAUCACGCACACUACACACACGUCAGGAAAGCCAAGAGAGCAACGGUACAGCUACCGUUACACUCUUCUCCACAUCCUACCCUUCCACCCGCUCAUCCUCGCCAACCAACUCCCUCUCCACCGUCGCUACAUCUUCGCCACCUAGAAAGCUACGUCGUGUUCCUGCGCCUCUGACACUCGUCAAGGAGAAGGAGAUUGCUGCCGAGGCUGGCUUGUUGAGUGGAAGAAGUACAAGGGGUUUUAUGAAUGAGAAGCCGCCUAUGAGCCCCAACUUUGAUCUGCUCAAGGGUAUGGAAAUUAGUGCUAAGGAUGUUGGUGUUAAUGGAAGAAGAAGCUUGAUGACGCUUAGCCCGGGAGCAGUAGGUGUUGCUUUUUAG